AUGCUAUCGGUGGUGGCAUUGAGCCUCAUCCUAGGCGUCGCCGACAUCGUCUCUGCCCAUGGAUGGAUUGAUCUAUGGACCAUCUCCGGCCAAAAUUAUUCCGGAUUCAAUCCAGCAGUAGCGCCCUGGGUUCCCGAUCAAGAUACCAUCGCCUGGCCAGCCUGGAACACUGACACAGGGCCUGUAUACAGUAGCAACGUCAACAGUCCGGAUAUUAUAUGCUCAAUCAACGCCACGAAUGCAAAGGCCUACGGCACCCCGAUUGCAGCGGGAAGCACCGUGGACCUUCACUGGACGACCUGGCCAGAUUCCCACCACGGACCCAUCUUCUCCUACCUAGCCGCUUGCAACGGAGAUUGCACCAAGGUCAAAAAAGAGCAGCUCGAGUGGUUCAAGAUCGCCGAGCUAGGCCAACUUUCUUACGGAAAUGGCAGUGGCAAGGUGGGGAUGUGGGCGGACGACAAACUGCGUGCAGCGGAGGGUUUCUGGUCAGUCACCAUUCCACCAUUCAUCAAGGCCGGAAACUACGUCUUCCGCAAUGAAAUUUUGGCUCUACACUCGGCCUACGAUGUCGGUGCUGCGCAGUUCUACCCGCAGUGCGUGAAUGUCCAGAUCACUGGUGACGGCGAUGCUACACCUUCGGGCGUUGUGGGAACUUUACUGUACAGUGCUGAUGAUCCCGGGGUACACUAUAAUAUCUACAAUGAUGAAUCGAAGCCGGUGUAUCCGAUGCCUGGUCCGAAAUUGUGUAAGUGCAGCCAACGGGGUAUGCUAUCUUUUGGCGGAGUACACUGCGGGAACUAA